AUGAUACAAUCCAUUGAUACUGACUAUUGGGAGGUCCGCUCGCAAGCCUCCACUGACUCGCAGGAUAUAAAAGGAACUGUAGCCAUAACUGGCUCGACAUCAUCGGCAGCUAUAGAGCAGGUAUUCCCAAACGCGGAGCCAAAUGCCAACAAUUACUGCAAUUAUUCCGGUUAUCAGAACCUCAAUACCCCUCGCAUUCAAAGCGCUCCCAACGGCUCAUCCGCUCAACGAUUGCUACCAAAGGGUGGAAAACAUCGAAAUGCCAAUAUACUAUCAGCCGUGUUGUGUCUGAUUAAGGAACUGGAUUACGCGAGUCUUGAAGUGGUCGACACCACCAUUCACUGUCGGAUGGAGGAGAUGGAGGACUAGCUGUCUAUUCAUUAUACCAUAAAUUAUUGUCAAAUUAUACGAGCAUUUUAUUACCUAAUCAUAACACAAUUGAUUGUAUUUCUCGACAUUCCUAUGGAUUUUCUAAUAUAUUAUAUAUACCGUAGAAUAUAUUAUUAAUAUACCGGUC